CAGGCUGCUUGGAUUACUACAAGCUGGGGGUGAAGGAGACAGUGUUCGUCAGCUGCAACUCUACCUCCCUCUGUGUCCACCCCUCCUGGAUAUGUGAUGGAGCCAACGACUGUGGGGAUUAUGCAGAUGAAACCAACUGCCGGACUCCUUCCCUCAGAAAGAGAUGUGAGGAAGGCCAUUUUGCUUGCCCCAGUGGAAACUGCAUCCACACUGUCUGGCUGUGUGACGGAGUGAAAGACUGUGAAGAUGGAGCAGAUGAAUUCCAGUGUGACUUGUCCUGCCUGUGGAACCAAUUUGCCUGCUCUAAGAACAAGUGCAUAGCCAAGCAGUGGCUUUGUGACGGAGAGGACGACUGUGGGGAUGGACUGGACGAGAGCGCAGAGAUCUGUGGUACGGCUACCUGUGGCCCAGGGUUGUUUAGUUGCCCAGAGUCGUACGCCUGCGUCCCCAAACACUGGCUUUGUGAUGGGGAGAGGGACUGUCCAGAUGGGAGUGAUGAGCUCUCUGCUGCUGGCUGUGCGGUUCGCCUGUGACCAUGAUGAUGACUGUGGAGACGGCUCCGAUGAGACUCUGGAGUGUGAGUAUGGUUCCUGCAGUCUGGGGGAGUUCCACUGCACAGAUGGCCGCUGUUUACCCAGAGUCCAGUGGGAGUGUGACGGCCAUCCCGACUGUCUCGACCAAUCAGACGAGCUGCCACACAACCCCAAGUGUUCCGCUGCAGAAAGCUUGUGCAACGGCUCUUUCUUCAUGUGUGUCAACGGCCGCUGUGUCUCGCUGGCCAGCCUGUGUAACAGGAGGGACGACUGUGGUGACGCGUCAGACGAGAGGAACUGUCACGUCAACGAGUGUCUGAACCGCCGAGUCAGUGGAUGCACACAGGACUGUGAAGACCUGCUUGUAGGGUACAAGUGCAAGUGUUGGCCGGGAUUUCGCUUGAAGAACGAUGGCCAAACGUGUGUUGACAUUGACGAAUGUUCAUCCGACUUCCCCUGUAGCCAGCUCUGCGUCAACACAUACGGAUCUUACAAGUGUCUGUGUGCAGACGGUUACGAGGCGCCAGCUAAGAACUCACAUAGCUGCAAGUCUCUCUCAGCUGAAGAGCCCUUCCUGAUUCUGGCCGACCAUCAUGACAUCAGGAAAAUAAGCACUGAUGGAUCCAAUUAUAUUCCUCUAAAACAGGGCCUUAGUAACAUUAUAGCAGUGGACUUUGACUAUAGGAAGGAGUUGAUUUAUUGGAUUGACUCGAGCUCUCCUGCCCUAACCCAACGGAGGAUAAACAGAAUGCGACUGAAUGGGAGCGACCUGAAGGUAAUCCACAGGACGUCUACCCCCAGUGCUCUAGCCGUGGACUGGAUAGGAAAGAACCUGUACUGGUGUGACAUAGGGAAGAAGAGUCUGGAGGUGUCCAAGGCUAACGGCCUCUAUCCUGUGGUAUUGGUCAGCACUGGUCUGGACAACCCUACUGACCUGGCUCUGGAGGCAGACACUGGUUAUGUGUUCUGGAUCGACAGUGGAGAGUAUCCCCAUAUUGGGAGGAUAGGUUUGGACGGCAGCAGCCGGACGGUGAUCAGCGAUACAGACAUUUUCAGCCCUGCAGCUCUCACCAUCGACUACACAGCAAAAAGACUGUACUGGGCUGACUCACAUCAUAUUCUCUUCUCAAACAUGGACGGUUCAAAAAGACACAAAG